UGUGAACGCUAGUUCGUGUGAGUUUUCAUGAGACUGCAUUGCUAAAACAAUGGACGAUUCUGGCAUCAAGAAGCAGAACUGGGACGUGAAGGAAACGGAGUUGUUUCUGGAAAUUCUCAAGGAGCUGGACAUGAAGAAGUGCUUAGACGGAAGGAAAGUGAGGAAUAACAAACUGUUCAAAGUGGCACACAGGAGAAUGACAGCGGCUGGUUAUCACAGAUCCGUGGACCAAUUAAAGUUUCGCUGGAAACUUCUCAAAAGCGCAUACUACAAGUGCAAGCGAGAGCCCGACUCCCCGGCCCCAACUAAAAUACAGGGCUGGUGGCGCUAUGAAAAGACGAUGGUCGCUAUUAUGGAGUCCAGACACCCUCUGGUGGGACCCGGGGUUAACUCUGACAGAAACGACGAGGUGACAGAAGAGUCAGAUGGCGAAGCAUCAGUACUACACUGGCCGCAGCCCUGCCCGGACAAUACCACCCAGAACCUGGAUUUAAUUAUCAAAAUGGACCCUGAGAUGGACUCUCAGCUUAAGAUUGGCUUUAUCGGUGCAGGGAACAUGGCGUUUGGCAUCGCCAAAGGCAUCUUAACCGGAAAUGUCCUUCCUGCAAACGUCAAAGUUAGUGCACCAUCCUCAAGGAAUCUGGGACGCUUUCAGGAGCUGGGCAUUGCUGUAACUCACUCCAACAUAGAGGUGGUUUGUGGGUCUGAUGUGGUCUUUGUCGCAGUCAAACCUCACCUGGUUCCGCUAGUUCUCAAGGAGGUCACACAACACGUCACUGGCAGACACAUGAUUGUAUCUGUUGCAGCAGGAGUAACACUAGCAACGUUAGAGGAGCUCCUUCCUGAGAACUCUGUUGCCAUCCGGCUGAUGCCAAAUCUACCGUGUUUAGUUCAGGAAGGUGCUCUCCUGUUUGCUCGAGGAUCACACGCAAAACAGGAGGACGGCGCACUACUUCGCUCCUUGUUGCAUCGCUGUGGUUUGGUGGAGGAGGGACCUGAAGCCUGGAUUGACAUCCAUACUGGGCUGAGCGGGAGCGGAGUAGCCUUUGUGUAUCUUUUUGCUGAAGCUCUGGCAGAAGGAGCUGUUAAAAUGGGCAUGCCAAGCGCUCUAGCCCACAGCAUUGCCUCUCAGACUGUUCUGGGUGCUGGGAGGUUGUUACGUGAUUCCGGGAAGCAUCCAGCUCAACUUCGCUCAGAAGUCUGCACGCCAGGUGGAACAACCAUAUAUGGGCUUCACACACUGGAACAAGGCGGUGUGAGGGCGUCAACCAUGAGUGCUGUGGAGUCCGCCACAGAGAGAGCCAGGGAACUCGGCCGAAAGUCAACAGCAGGGAGCAGAAAGUGAUGGACAAAUUUGCCUUUAAGAACUACUCAUUAGACUUUUAACUUGAUAAAUACCCAACAUGGAAACCUGAACUCCUUUUUUUUUUUUCUUCUUCUCAUCACACUCAAAAAAA